AUACGACGGGAAAUACUUAACAUUUGAAGGCCGAUCUGCCCAGAAUUAACUGGGUCCCUCGGAAUAAAAAAGGGAUUAUUAAGAUAAAAACAACAAACUGAGUCAAGGUCAAUUCAAAAAAACCCAGUGGCGCGUCUCUCUUUAUAUGAGAGUCGACACAACAUCUCACACAACCUCCUCACAUCCCUACCUACCUCUCCCGUAACAAGAUCUGUCAGUCCGCGCAAGCAGCAUACGCAAUACGCAGACACAAUCUCCUCUAGCCUGCACAUACGCAAACGGAUAUCCUAUUCGCAGACGCAGGUACAGCCACAGCUCUGUUGCAUACCCAUACACCACCCGUCGCCGGAGCUUACCAAUCCUUAGACCCUAUCCCUUCUUCCAGGAGUACAAGUAGUCGUGAGAAGUACCAAUGGCUGCAGCAGUAACUGCAUCACAACCUCCUAUCGCGCCUGCGAUACCAGGUCGGAACGAUAGUAGCGAUAGCUCUCGUUCUAGUCAGACAAGCACUGAGAAGGUGAAGCUCGCCCCUCAGCUUCGUACCUCCUCGUCGCUGUCGAAGCAUCGCCGCAGCAGCCAUGAAAGCAAUUCUCAAGUUGACCGCUCGGCUCAGCCCAAGCGGUGGAAGACGAUGCUUAAGGCCUUCAAGCACAUCCACAACUUGACCCCGAAGGAAGUUGACGACUUCAUGGCAUCGUAUGAGAUCUACAACCUGGACUGGGCCAACGAGGAUGAGAUGAUCAAGGCUUUCGGGCCCAACUACCAGGAGCGUGUCGGCGAUUGUCUUUGCGCCUACUACUCAGUGUUAAACCAUCUUUGCAGUCUUGGCGACGUCGAGAAGAUGUACAUCCCGCCGCUGAUGGACAAGAAGGCGUCUGUCCUGGAUAAUCAGCUUCUCUACGAAGAGUCUAUCGCGAGGGAUAUUGGAUUGAAGGAAGGCAUGAAGGUGCUGGAUCUUGGUUGCGGCCGUGGGCGUGUCGCCGCGCACAUGACGAGCUUUAGCGGAGCUCAUGUGACUGGUCUAAAUAUCGAUGCGAAUCAGAUCGCGCAGGCCGAGGAAUGGAAUACGCGGUGCGGCUUCAAUAACGAGUUUGUGGUGCACGACCAGAACAAUUUGCCGUUACCGUUCCCCGACGAGUCUUUCGAUGCUUUCUAUGAGAUCCAGGCACUCAGUCUCUGCAAGGAUCCCUCCGCCACAUUCAAAGAGGUAUAUCGUCUGCUAAAGCCUGGCGCUAAGUUCUCACUGUUAGAUUGGGUCAGCCUGCCGCCGUACAACCCGGAGGAUCCUGUUCAUGCGGGACUAAUGCGCCGCGUUAAACCUCUGAUCGGCGCUGUGGGCACUCCGACACCGGCAAGUUUUGAGAAGGCCCUUAUGGAUGCCGGCUUCACCGUCACGAAGUCGGACAAUCCUAGCAUAGACGGCCUACAAGCCCCGCUCAUCGACAAAGUUGACAUCUACUUCCGCUCCAUGAGGCGUGUCAUUCACGGCCUCGUCCGAUUACACGCGCUGCCGCCGCACUUCAAGAUUCUGGUAGACAGAUUUUGUCUAGACGGCAAAGCAUUUAUAGAGAUGGACAACAUGCGCCUUAUCACCACAACAUAUCGGAUCAUCGCAGAGAAGCCUUUAGCAUGAUGGAACUUGGAAAACGAUAGAAUGAGGGGAAUGGGGAAUGGGAUUUUAUUAUUUUUCAUGGGGGUGGAUUCGGGCACGGCCAUCGGAAGUCGGAGGAUUCGAUACCACCCCUAGUUUUCUUGGUAUGGCGCUCUCGCCAUCCACGUUUGCGCUUCACCCUUUUCGGCGAGGGUGAACAUUAAUUAUUCAUUACGGACCUACAAUUAUCGCAACUCCCACUCUACUCCAUCGCAGAAGCCACCUUUACCUUCACCUUUCUAUUCGAUUUUCUUUCCCUAAAGCGAUUUUAGACCUCGAAGCAUUGAUCGGCAUUUUUACACUUAGUAGCAUUAUGCAUAUUGCGUUGCGUUUUACCGGGAAGGGAAGGGGUGUUCUGUUCUUGUUGUCUUUGCUUCAUACCUAAUACACAAUCUUAUU